GAAGUUGGAGGAAAGAGAGGUUUUCGCGUCCCUCAUUGCCUGCUGCAUGCCCACCGUCCAUUCUUCGCAAAUCUUCGGCGAAUACUCGUGAAGACUCGCAACUAUUCGACUUAAAUCUAAACCGAAGCCCUGGGAACUAAAAAUCCGAUGGCAACAAAAUAACCAUCGAAUAUUGUCCCUGAACAGAUGUGUUCGCCUAAAACCAUCCUGUGGGCUAAAUUUAAACCGGGAAAUAGUAACAUCUGCUCAUGGACAAGGAGCUGCUAGCUUAGAAGCAAAUUAUGGCCGAAGGAGGAGGUUGGCCGUGGUCGUCUCGCCGUCGAAGUCGUCGAGAACGUAACGAUAGAGAAGCUAAAGAAAGCGACGAUUUGGAUUGCGACUUGUUGAGAGUUGUACUAAGCGACUCCGAAGAUUUUGUCCCCGAAGACGUUAAAAGUACUUCGUCAGUUGCUUGCAGUUGUGCUUCAGAUUUUCAAGAGGACCAUUCCAGCUGCAAUUCAUCCAGUGAAAAGAGUUGUCCGAAUUUGAGCGAUCUUGAUCCAGAGCUGCCUUCGAAUUCUCGGAGCUUACGAUGGUUGAAGAAAAAAGUGUCUCGUCGUAAAAGUUCCAAAGAAACUGAUAAAACUUCCGCUGAUAAGAAUCGUCAGAGUUACCGCGACGAAAAUGGCUUAAGCUAUUACGCUCGUUGUUUACAAGAAGCGAAACGGGUGAGGGAGAAAGCUGAGUCGGAAGCUUUGCAACGGAGACCAAAUCCUCAAGGCCGACGCCGGAGACCACUUAGUUUACUGGGUCCACGAUCAGCUGGGAACGAGGGCGAUGAGAGAUUUCAAGUUCCGAGGAGAAGGAGAUUUUCGUUUUCAUGGGGGUUUCGAAGAGAAGAUUCAAAUACAGAAGUUGUGGACGAUGGUGAAAGUGCAUCAACUCAAUCCUCUACGUCUCCUUCACUUCCUCGUGAAGCUAAUCAAGAGUGCAACCAAACCAGUGCUAUAAGCCUUGAGGAAUUUGAGCGAAGGCGAAAGGAAAAAGCUCGUAUGAAAGCAGCCCAACAUAAACUGGAGUAUUUCCUUAUAAACGAUAUCGCAUCCAUCACGAAUUGCCCGUGGUACUGGGGAAAAAUUAAUAGAUUUGAAGCUGAAAAGGUGUUGGAAGGCCUUCCAGAUGGAACAUUUCUGCUGCGUGAUAGUGCCCAAUACCAUUACCUGUUCUCUGUGAGUUUCCGUCGCUACUCUCGUACUUAUCAUGCACGUAUUGAACAAUGGAAACACCGGUACAGCUUUGACAAACCUAGUGACUACUCCUUUUACUCAACAAGUGUUUGCCAGCUGUUACAGCAUUACUCUCGCGCGGAGCAGUGCAUGUACUAUGAACCUCUUUUGCUAAAGCCAUUGCAUCGGAACAAUCCGGUAACACUGCAAGAUCUCUGUCGUGCAGUGAUCUGCAGCCACACAACAUUUCAAGGAGUCAGUGAACUUCCUCUGCCAAACACUCUUAAGAUUUUCUUGAGAGAGUUUCAUUACAAAGUUCCUGUAAAGAGGACCGAGGAGAAAGGUACACAAACACCUGCACCAAGAAAAAGAUUUAGCUUCUCAUUCCACAGAGACUAGUCAAUAAAACUUAACCCUAAGUCCCUAAGAUCAGUUUCCAUACUCUCCCUACUGUUCAUUAUACAUUUCCUAUGAUGCUGACCGGGAGAAUUUGUCUAACAAUCAGAUCUUCCAAAGGUGGAGACCAUUUCCUUUAUUCUCAUGUCAUUAAUGCUUGAUUCAGCAGUUGUAUUGAACAAAGAAAUUGGAUGCUUAUCAUGCUCAAGAUUUAAAAGGGUUCAAUUUGAUUUUAAAAAUAAAUCAGAUUAAAUUAACAUUAAAGACUGGCAGUAAUGAAAUUUUUAUUUAACCAUGAUGGUCUCUAUCAUGCCUUUGUCUGUUUAUUUGGUCAAAUCUAGAAUCUUAAUUUAUAGAUACAAUGGAAUUCCAGGGGUAAUAAUAGGAGAACAUUUUUGAGCACAUCAUGUCAAACCUUAUUUUCCCAUUUUUUUUGGGAUAUCUACUUUUUAUAAAUUAUAUUAUAUCCAUCCAUUCCUUCUCCUCUCCAAAAAUUAACUCUGUGCCGGGUAGUGUUAGGUAGAUAUGUAUUUAUGCUUUAUAUUAAAAGAUAACUGAAGAAAGUAAGUCUUAUAACUCAGUUUAUGUCAUUCAAAAAAAUUCUCACUGGUAAAAUUUAAGAACUUAAUUAUUGUUAUGGCUUAGGGCUUGACACUAACAGUAGCCCCCCCUAGCCAAAGACUAAAUGCUCUAGUAGAAAUUCAGUUUUGGCUAGUGGUUUUUAAUUUCCACCAGUCAGUUUGGCUAAGCUGACUAGUAAACAAACUGAAAUUGUUGUAACAUCUAGGAUGUCACUAGCUACUUGGUGAGUUACUUGAAAAGUUAGUGUCGAGCCCUGUGGUGCUAAAGAAUGGAAUAAAUUAGGUGUUAAUGAUGCAGGUUUCCAAAUGAAGUUACAUAAUUCCCAAAUUGGAUGUAGGAGAUAUUUGUAGCAUGCAUUCCUGCUUUGAAUAGUAGGAUUUUUUUUCUUUUGAGUGACAUUAAAGUUUCUUCCAGUUGGCCAGUUUAAUCCACAAGUGCUUUCUUUGUGUACAGACAACAAUUAUUACUGGUUUUUUUUUUCCUACACGUAUUUGGACACCAAGAUUAUCUUUAUGAAACAAUUUAAAGUUAGUUGAAAAUAGAGCAAAGAAUACAUUAAACUAUAAACCUUUUAAAGUUCUCUUAAGAAUAUGUUCAUGUUUUUAGUCACUUAGUGCAAAAAAAAUCCUACACAUGCUUUAUGUAUUUGCUGUAUUUAGGCUCUUGAAUCCUAAUGAUUACUUUGAGUCUAAAAUCAGGCAAUUAAAGCUACUGAGCAGAACUUUCUGGUGCUAUUGUUUAAUAUUUUGUAAACAUUUGUUCCAAUUUUAAAUUUACAGUUCAAAAACAUAGUGUUUCACAUUCAAAUGAAUGCUACAGGACUUGCCGUUGUCCUCUUUGUCGGUAAGACACUUGAAAUUUCACUUUAAGAGUGUUACUUUGGAAGCAUAUGUGGAAAACUUCCCUUUGAAAGAACUGCUUAGAAGGUUUGUGCCACAAUCUUUGGAAUUCCCCUGUGUGGCUGUAUUUAGCAAAAACUAUAUUUAUUUCAAGUUGCAGUUAUUACUCUCUUUUAGUUGAUGUUCAGUCUAUUUACUAUAUUUUGAAGUAGCAAGUGUAAAUGACACUCUUUUUUUUUUUGGAGUAAACAAAGAGGUAGAAGAAGUAGAGGUUUCCUUGGUGAUCAAGAUUCUUGGGCAAUGAGACACGUCCCUUGAUCUCAAACUUAUUUUGAAUCAGGCUAAUGAUUGAUUGGGAUUCAAAUUUUGAACUUGUUGUAAACUUGAAAGAAGCAAAAGAUCUGCUAUCAGUGCACAAUUAAGUAAAGAGAUGUACGAAUGAACUGAAGCAAUUUAUCCCGCCCGUUCUACUUGUCUUUAAAAAGUGGUGUUUUUUAGACCUAUCCAGUUUUCCAGUGGUGUAUUGUACAUUUUGUAAAGAUCAAAAUUGUGUGGCAUUUUUUCAUUUGCAUCUUAGAAAGCUGAAAUUUUACUCCAACAAUGAAUAAAGAAAAAGAAAAGAAGGAACAAAUCUAUAUUGACGUGUUAAAUAGUAUUAUCCCAAAGGGGUAGGUUAUGGAAUAAAAUUUGUUAAAUUA